UCCAUCAAAAACCAUUGAAUCUGGCAGUGAUGGCCGUUUCAUUAGGAUUCUUUUUAUUUGCUUACAUAUGUCUAGUAUUUGAAAUAACACAUAGGAUAUGUAUGAUGCAGUGCAAUCCCAUGCCCGGGCCAGGYAUGUAUCAUGGUGAUAUGGGGGAUAUUCGGUUCUCUGGGAGCCACGUGGAGAAUACUGGGUCGGUACGUGAACGAAGGGAUGGCUUAAGUACAAGACAGAUUCGUUUUGACCCSUCAUAUCUAGAUUUCCACGAACAGCCAGUAGGGAUGCCUAGAAUAAAAACAGUAACAAUAAUAAAUCCUAGUACAGAGCAGAGUCUUCAACUGCAGUCUAUCUCAGGAAGCACAGUACACUUUCAUGCUUCCUUUUUCCAGGCAAAAAUUGUACAGCCGCUUGGGAAUACAACUUUUGAAAUAGUUUUUCUUGCAAGAUUAGUAGGAAAUGCAGAAAAUACAUUAUUUAUUCACACCUCCAAAGGAGUUUAUCCAUAUCAGGUCUUUGGUUCAGGAAGCCCUAAUCCAUAUCGAUUAAGACCCUUUCUGGGUGCAAAAGUACCACUUAAUUAUUCAUUCACAUCGUUAAUAAAUAUGCACAAUCCAUAUAGCUCACCAUUACAGGUUGUAGAGAUGUACUCAAGUGGAGGAGACCUUCAUCUUGAAUUACCAUCAGGUCUUGAGAAAGCACCUCAAAAACACUGGGAAAUACCACCAUAUGAAACGAAAGCACUUAUGAGAGUGAGCUUUGCAGGACGAUACGCCAAUAACUACACAGCUUUCAUACGUAUAAAAACUAGUAAUCCUUCACCUUUCUCAGAGUUUUUAAUUSUUCCUGUGGAAGUAGAAGUUACUUCAGUACCAGGGCUGUUUGCCUCAGUAGAUCUUCUUGACUUUGGUACUCUAAGAACUAUGGACGAACCUAAGGCUGUUGGUGUGUAUAUUUUAAAUUCUGGUUCAAAACAAGCUCAUAUUACAUCAGUGGCGGUGGAGCCAAGUAAUACUGCAGUAGUUGUAACAUUUAAUCCUAUAAUCUUAAAACCUGGAUCAAAGUAUCUCAAAAUAGCAACAGUUACUUAUUCAGCUUAUCACGUUAAAAGAAGCAAACAAAUGAGUGGAAAAAUAAUCAUUAAAACUACAAGCAAAGUAUCCAGUAGACUUGAGCUGCCUUAUCAAGCCAAUGUAUUACAAGGAACUAUUGCAUACUCUGUCAGUAAGACAAGAUUCUACGUUGGUCAGUCACCAUUUGUACCAGUACUCCGUGAAUUACCCAUCACAAAUACAUUCAGUUUUACCAUGGUUAUUUAUGAGGCUACCUUUCCUCAAGAAGUUGAAAACAUAUUUAAAGUUGUAAAUUUGUCCAAACCUGCAAUGAUUUCAUCACAAACAACAGCYUCCCCAUUUUACUUGGAGUUCUUGGCAAAUGCAUCAGAUUUAUCUUUUUCUACAAUUCUAAGAGUGUAUACAAAUGCAUCAAUAUUUACAAUACCUAUUCACUGCUACAAUGGAAAACUAAAGUAUGUUGUUGAAAGCUUAGAGGAAGAUGUUGUUGAUUAUGGAACAGUUGGAACUGGAGAAAACAGAACRAAGUUGAUGAGAAUUUAUAAUAAUAAUCCAAUUGAGGUUACAAUAUCCAAAAUAACAUGUACUGUAGAGUAUGCAUCAAUUCGUCUUCUUGAAGUACGUCCAAAGGACAGCAAGAACAGUACAUCCAUAAAAUCGCGUCCACUUGAGCAUGAUAAAGUUUCAGUGAAACCUGAUUAUGUAGCAGUGUUUAGUGUUGAAGUAAAUGUCCCAAAGAAACCAGGACGUUACACUGGUGAAUUUGAAAUUACUACAGAUUUUGAGAUGCUUCAUAUCCCUAUUUAUUUUAAAGCAAUGGAUGGAAAAGUAUUCCCAUCUCCUAAAAUUGUAAAUUUUCAACCUUGUUUUCCGGGUCGUAUUGAACAGUCAAGUCUGUCGCUAACAAGCACAUUCUUACAACCUUUAAMAUUACUGUCAGUAACACCUGAACCACCAGAUCCACAGUUUGACUUUGAACUCAAUAAAACUGAACCUCUAGAAAGUAAUGAUAUAAUUGGUAGCGUAAUAUUUAAUCCUCUCCAAGGCUGUAAAGAUAAUUGUUAUGUAGGACUUGGUACAAGUAAYGCRGCAAUGGCAACAAAAUGGCUAAAAACCCUCACAUUACCCCAUGAUGUGGUAGAUAUAGACAGUCACUAUGUAGAAAAACUACAAAGAGCGUACGACUCUUUAAAACGUACAGGAAAAAAUAGAAUAAAUACAACUUUAGUGAUUGACACUGAUUUAGCACAAGGAAUACGUGUCAUGGCAACAGCAACGUUAACAUGGCCGUCCUUAGCGCCUGAUAAACCAAUCAAGUUUCCUCUCACACAAAUAGGAAAUUAUUCCAUCAAGCACUUUUGCCUGGAGAAUCCAGCUGAUGUKCCGGUAGUUGUUCAAAUUGUUUCUUUAUCAAAAUAUCCCAAGCUUCAAGGGCUGUUAGAUAUUGUAGCUGAACGGUUUGGYGUUGAUGUAUUUGAUCUGGAAGAAAUUGACAGUGURUUCUCUUUGCCGAAUGUUGAAACAGGAAAGGUAAACAAUACCAAUACAUCAUCRCUAGGCGUAACCCCUGUGGUUCAAGGGGUGUUGGGCGUGGCACCAGCUCCUUCUACUUACGUUACAAUACUAGAACCUCGUUCUAAAACUCACUUACCGCUACAGUUUUCACCAGUAGACGACAAGACGCACUCGUCUAUAAUUCUAAUAAGAAAUAACCUAACUGUGCUUGAUGCUGUUACUGUACAAGGACAAGGUGCAAAGGGAGAGUUUAUGCUGAAUUCUAAACUACCUGGUGCCCACAGUACAUUGUUAUUUGAGUUGAGGUCAAGUCAUUUGUCUGACUGUCAUAAACCGUCGAGUCGCUCCCAUUCCCAGCCACCACUAUCAGURAAGAAAGUCUUAACAGCAACCAAUCCUGGUCAACUAGCAAUCUUUGUCAGUUCCCUCAGUAUCAAUGGUAGAGAAUGCGAAGGAUAUGGAUUUAAAAUYCUAAACUGCAAAUCAUUUAUUCUCAAUCCUAAUUCCUCGAGAAAAAUUGAAAUCGCGUUUACACCUGACUUCACAAUGUCACGRGUSACACGUCGAUUGGAAGUCAAAACAACGUUUGGUCCAGUUAUGGUGUUCACUCUUGUAGCAACAAUUCCUCCCCACAUCCUCCCCCUGUGUGCAGCAGCCAUGGGUCAUAGUAGCUGGGAACCAGUCCUUCAAUUGUUCACGGUAGUUGUCAUGGUAAUCAUGUUCGUCGGUGUWGUUGUUGCAGCCUAUUCAGAAGCACGGUCCAUAUUAGGAAUAUCUCUACCUACUGCUAAUCUAUUACUGAACUGUGAGGAACGUGGACAAGUAUUUGAUUUGAAAGCUAUAGCAGGAGUCAAGCCAAAAACAAGUAAAGAAGAACGUCAAGUUAACGUCCGAAAACCACGACGCGACCUGAAAGAUUCGAGAACCAGUGAUCGACAGCAUGGAGAGUCUCCUUCAGSAGCAYCGAACUCCAUCAACAACAAUGUGAAUAAGAAUUCCCCAGGUACAAGACAAGACAAGAACAAAAACACGAAAUCYCCACCAAGUGAUAAUUCCAAUAAAUCUAAUAAAUUACCAGUCAGUGAUACAAGACCAUACCCCUAUAGUCAUGAACCAAAGAUUAGGCAUAAAGAACCGUCAAGGAACACCGUAGAUUCGACGAUUAAACGAGACUACAAACCAGCUGUGGCUGAAAUAGAGGAACUGAAGCAAUCUAUCGCCAGCGUACAGGAAAUGGAAAGUGAAACUUCCAUGAAUUUUGUCAAGGACUUCAAAGAUGUGAAAUCUAAAUCCAAAAAGAAAUCCAAAGCAUUCAAUCGACGCGAAGAACCAAGAAAUAAGACGAAAGAUAAAAACAGCGCCAGACGACAAGCAGAUUAUUACGAUGUGGGAUGUUCAGAUGAAAGUGGGAAUGAAGGCGAGACUGAUAGAGUCUCUCUUGGUCUUCGACUAGACGUACCGACAGAGAAGAGCCCUCAGCGUUUUGACACUUCAAACAAAGGAACGAACGACAAGACAAAAGCAAGAAAAAACCAAGUCUCACCAAGUGAAUCCAAAGGAAAGAAACAUGAMAACCAGACAGCRGGGAAACCCAAGUCACACGACCUCAAUGCCAAAGCAAAAGAACGUGUUGGAGCCAUACAAGCAGAGUCACGUGAGUCACCACACGACAUUGCCGCCAAAGUGAUGUCACAUCUCAGACUUGAGAAGAGUCUUCAAACAUCCACAAGAGAUAACAGCUUCGACGAGGGAGAAGGAAAAAGAAAAGCGUUUGAUAAAACAUUGAAUCGUCUGUCCGACUCACCACCGCUUGUUUCACCGACCAAUCUUAGUGGCAGCAGCAGAAGCAGUAGCUACAGUAGUAUCGUUAGUAGUGAUGGAUCGUCUUCAGGAAGUGACCAAGGAAAAGGUGGUUCKCUGACUAAAGCAUUGAAACAACGACUAAAAUCAUCGAGAUCCAUGCCUCUUGGAGAUCAGGCUGCAUCAAUUGGUUUCCGCUCGAUGAAGCCUUCGUACCAUCCCUUCAGCUUAUCUUCGGUUAAGAAGACUCCAUGGUCAACAUCUGCAGAUUCUGCUCUGGCUCCUGGUUCGCGUAGUCCUACCAUCCAACGUCCUUCAGCAUCCCAKUUUUCSCCUAUUCCAAGCACUUCUCUGUUUGAAAGUACGCCUUUUAAUUCCUUGGCGAAUAGUGAGGAUCCACGAGCAUCGCCYAAGAUCGAUCGCCCUUUGGAUUUGAGUGCGUUUGGAGUUUCCGGUGCCUCUGGAGAUGUUGGUAGAAGUCGACCUAGUGUUUGGUCAAGUCCUUCUAGUGAGAAUCCUCACAGCUUGUUUAGUGUACCACCACCAUUUGAAAGCGAUGACAAACAAGUACCACGUGCUAAUAACUGGGUAAACUUCCUGGGCACUGACAACACCAGCCCAACAGCGCUCAAUUUCAAAAGUGUAGCGGAGAUCUGGGAUUCUGGAAACAUGCCUACUACGGAUGGCUGGUCCCAUUGUGCGCCAUCAUUUCCUGGCGAGAAUAAAGAGGGUGAGCCCGACCCAGUUGAUGCCUUGUUCAGUGCUGUGUCACCAGACUKGUCUGGAGUUGAUACACACGAAAACACGUCAUUUGUAGCCCAGGAAACCUGGGGACCAGCCCCUGUACCAAACAUCUGGGGUGACCAGUAUCCAAUCCCCACUUCUGGUGCUACUAGUACGAAUGAGUCUUUGACGUUCAACUCUAGUCUGGAAGCUCCCGAGCCCGAGUCCCCUGGGGGGACUUUUGAUACAAUGAGUGGGUAUAGUACAGCYGAGAUAUGGAAGCAGCCCUGGUCUUCUAGUAAAGAGUAAGUUUUGUGACGGUCAAACUUCAUUGGUCAUGGAUACUAAAACCUAAUGUUAACAUUAAUUUUGUUACGGGAUGGGAGGGUAGGUCAUUAUUUUUCUCGUGGCGACAGCGUAGUAAAAUCCAAUUGGCUGGCAAAGGUGGCGUUUCCUCUUUCCAUUGAAAGCAACUUCUCUUUUUAAGUAGCUAUUCCAAAUGUUUUAGACAGCAUUWAGAUUUCUUGAAUUUCCUUGUUUUCUACUUUUGUUCAGUUUUACUUGUUUGUUUUUCGCGUUUGAGGUUAUUGUGGUGUUUACUAGUUUGAAUUCCUAAAUACAUCGUAGCAUUCUUUUUUCAUAUAGUUCUCAGGUUUUACACGUGAUCAGUUGGAAACUGACUUAAUUCUAAGUGAGUUUAGACAGAUUUCCAAAACGUUUUUGUCCACUAUACUAAUGAGGYUSCAAACAAUUACUGGGUAAAGUAGWUCGCCAUCUUUGUCUGCUUAUUGGGUGCACAAURGUUURGUUUAUWAGAGUGAUUAUCCGUCGUCUGUGAGUGACURGUAAGGAUGAUGUAGUAGAUAUUUGACUCUACUUUCAUGCUAGCCUGCGUUGCCGGCAGUCAGCGGUUUUUAGGGGACGAGAAAAUGGACAGUGGCGCCAUUUUGUGAACGAAAGCUCGAUGGAAGCUCUCGUACAUAUUGAAACCCCUAAAUCUCAAUAAGAAACUUCAUAACUACGUCUAUUUUUUCUAACGAAAAGGCAAAAACGGCUUAGGCGGACUGUUACACAAAAUGGCGUCACUUUAAUAACCUUAUGAACGACCGUCUUUUCUCCGCCAUCUAAAACCGCAGUCCGCAGUCCGCAGUCCGCAGUCUUCUUCGAUACGUCAAUACAACUAAGCACGGUCUGUCUUUUCAAAGACGAUUGGUAAUCACUCUAGUUGAUUGUGAAUCUGUAUCAUAGUUUGUACAUUAAUUUCGUUAUUAACAUUGUUUAUAGAUUGUUUUUAAUCUUUUUUUAUUGUACAUUUUUUGCAUGUACAGUUGUUUUCUACUCAUUGAUUGAUGCAUCAUGUAAAAAGAUUUUUUUUAUAAAUUCAUUAUUUGGUUAAUUUUUGUAACAAUUAGUAUUCAUUUUCAAUGGCGCCACGACAAUUAGUUUUCUUUUUGAUAAAAAGUAGCUUUGAUUUCAUUAGAGUGUGGUUAAAAAUCCGUGAAAUUGCUAAGUUCACCUUCUAACUUCAUCUUUUUCUGUGUUCGUGUUUGUCUAAUACACCACUAUUUUUGUUUCACGGGUUUAGAGCUCUCACUCUAUAAAGUGCUAUAAGUAUCAUAUGUACAUACCAAGAUCGAUCGAGAUGCUUUGUAAACAGUCUAGUUUUCUAGUUUUCAAACCUGUCAAAUGGAUUGAUUUUUACUUUCCUAAAGCAACUAAUAUUAGAGAUUAUAAAGAGAUUAUAGACUUAAUAGUGAUUUAACUUUGCAAAUCAUUUUCUUUCAUUUCUUCAUGAAUGAAAAUUAGACACGCGCAAAGCAUCUUGCCCUAGAGGAUCKUGGGUAGUUCUUAAACAUUAGGUUAUCCAGACUAAUGAAGUCGAGAGAAAGUUGAGAUGCGAUUUUCGUUUAUCACCUAUAAAAAAAACUGCACAGUUGCACAGCAGGCGUAAGRCACCUACUAAGUUGCUAGUGAACACUCUGGACAAGUACUAUUUAAGAGCUAUUUCUAUUAUAUUAUUAUUAUUUAUUGGCUUAUGAAUGCCAGAGGAUGCAUUAACUGACCUAGAGUGAUUAUGUCCAGUUUUGUAAGGAUUCACCUUGGUUUUCUGUGAAGAUUUUAUACGACAUGUUAAGAAUAAAGGUUUUGUAGAAUGGAAAA